AUGUUCACUACGAACACCGUACAAACCGGCACGGUGCCGACGCUGCAGUAUCAAGAGCAUCCAACCCAAAAGUCACAAGGAAAAAACAUUGAGAACGUUCAACAAAAGAAUGCUCAACAGACUCAACAAACUCAGCAGCAGCAACAACAACAGGAGUUCCCAACAUUCUGUUAUACUACAAAUGUCAACAUGAUUGGCAAAUUAGGAACUGGUACCACAAGUGGGGCUGGUAACGUAACCAGUGGAGUAAACAUAACUCAACUUACUACGAGUGACGAUAAGACUUGUUACAUAGCCCAACCAUUCUCAUACAAUUAUGCAUUAGUUAAUCAAAUGCAAAUAGCUCCUAAUGGAAUCCAGAAUACAAUAUCAAAUAUUAGUUUUAAGUGUGAUGUCUGUGGUCUUAUGUUUGGGCAUCUAACUCUUCUGAAUGCUCAUAAACGGAUACAUGCUCAGGAUACAGAGAGCAAUAUAACAGUUGUAGCGACUGGUGUAAGUACUGGAAAUGAUGUUGCAAUGCCACCACACAUUCAAAUCCUCUCCUCUGAUCCCAAUGAGCAGCAGCAACACCAUGUGCCAAUUCAAGACACUAAACCAGUCAUAAUAGAAAAAGUACAGAAAUGUAUUACUUGUGGUGGUCCUAUACCCAAUAAUCCUAAAAGAAAGGGACCUAAACUAAUACGCUGUGAAAAUUGUAUUGCACAAGAUUCUGUGGAUCAAAGGAAUAAUCAAUUGAAUGCAACGCAAAUAUUUGUGGCGGCGGAAGACAAUGUGAAAUUUGAAGUAAGCAAUGUUAGUACAGUGCAGACAUCUGCUGACCCUCUGUCAACCACACAGAGCAAUCAACAAACGCAACAACAACAGAAACCUUUACCUGGACAUCAUCCUGUCAAGAGGAGAAACCUAGCAUCAGUAACAAAAUGUCAGAACUGCAAUGGUUCAGGCAUUAUUUUCGUAGGCGGCAAUAAGAAUAAAUUAAGUAAUGCUAAUUUGGAUAAGCCAUUCCACUGUAAUAUUUGUGGAGGAUCUUUUGCCAGAUAUUCCUCAUUAUGGUCACACAAGAAAUUGCAUUCUGGUGAAAAGAAUUUCAAAUGUGGGAUCUGUGGAAUUGCAUUUGCUAAGGCUGUUUAUCUUAAGAAUCAUUCAAGAAUACACACUGGAGAAAAACCAUACAGAUGUAAUACUUGCGGAAUGCAGUUUUCACAAUCACCACACUUGAAAAAUCACGAAAGAACUCAUUCAGGAGAGAAACCAUAUGUUUGUGAAGUAUGUGACAAAGGAUUUGCGCGGCACGCUACUUUAUGGAAUCAUCGGCGUAUACACACCGGAGAGAAACCAUACAAGUGUGAAACAUGUGGGUCAGCAUUCAGCCAGGCAGCCCACCUUAAGAACCAUGCGAAAGUGCAUUCCGGAGAGAAGCCUUUCAAGUGUGAUAUUUGUACGGCUGCCUUUGCAGAUAGAUUCGCGCUAAAGAGACAUCGGGGUAUUCACGACAAAUAUGGUCAAACAACACCACUACCUUCAAGAAUACAACAAAACCAACAAGAGCAACAACAACAGCAAACGCAACAGAACAGUGACCAACAGAGCACACAACCAGCUGUGGAAGUGGAACUCCAUGCUGAACAAACACUUUGA